AUGUCUCAUCUUAUAAAAAAUCAUACCAGUGUGACAGAAUUCAUUUUUGUGGGAUUCAUGGAUCACCCUGAGCUACAGAUCCCCCUCUUUGUCUUGUUCCUUGGUAUUUACAUUGUCACCCUGGUGGGGAAUCUUGGGGUGAUUAUUUUAAUCCAGAUUGAUGCCCGACUUCAGACUCCCAUGUAUUUCUUUCUCUCUAACCUGUCUCUUGUAGAUGCUGGUUAUUCAUCAGUCAUUGCUCCUAGGAUGCUCAUGACAUUUGUAUCUGACAACAGAGCCAUUCCCUUCAUUGACUGUGCUGUGCAAUUUUAUUUUUUCUGUAUCUUUGUGACAAAUGAAUGUUGCCUUUUGGGUGUGAUGGCUUAUGACCGCUUUGUAGCUAUUUGUAAUCCAUUGCUUUAUCACACUGCAAUGUCCAAGAAGCUUUGUGUCUUGCUUGUCAUUGUAUCCUAUAUAACUGGUUUUGUGAAUUCCACUACACAGACCAUUUUCAUAUUUAGUUUGUCUUUCUGUGGCUCCAAUGUAAUUAACCAUUUCUUCUGUGAUAUCUCUCCAAUUCUGAAACUGUCCUGUUCUGACAUCCACAACACAGACAUUGUUCACUUUACUUUGUCCUCAAUAGUUGUCAUGAGUACUAUCUUGAUUGUCCUGGUGUCCUAUGUUUACAUCAUCACCACUAUCUUAAAGAUCCGAUCUGCUGAGGGGAGGCGCAAAGCCUUCUCUACCUGUGCUUCCCAUCUGACAGCUGUCACCAUGUUCUAUGGGACUCUGAUCUUUAUGUAUUUGCGGCCUACCUCAGGUUACACAAUGGACCAAGACAAAACCAUCUCAGUGUUCUACACACUUGUGAUCCCUAUGCUGAACCCCUUGAUUUAUAGUUUAAGGAACAAGGAAGUGAAGGAAGCUGUUAAAAGGGCUAUUGGCAGAAAGUUCUUUGCUCACUGA